UUCUUACUCUCUUUCCCUCUUCUGUGUCCGUUUCCUCUUAAUUUCUUCCUCCUCCGAUCGCAUUAGAAACCCUCACUGAUUAGUCCUAGGGGUUCUUUCUACUUAAUUUGGAAAGAUCCCGCUCUUUUUGCCAUAUUUACGUGGAGUUUUGAUUCCCUUUUCGUUACUUUGUUUGGUUGUUCUUUCUUGGUUUGGCCUUUUUUUUUUUUUAUUGGUGAAACCUUUCCUUCUUGGUUAGGAGGAGUCUAGGAGAGGGAUGGCGAGGGAGAAGAUUCAGAUAAGGAAGAUAGACAACGCGACGGCGAGGCAGGUGACCUUCUCCAAGAGGAGGAGGGGGCUCUUCAAGAAGGCCGAGGAACUCGCCAUCCUCUGCGACGCCGACGUCGCCCUCAUCAUCUUCUCCUCCACCGGCAAGCUUUUUGAGUUCUCGAGCUCAAGUAUGAAGGAGAUCCUUGAAAAGCACAGUCUGCAUUCAAAGAAUCUACAGAAAGUAGAACCACCAUCGCUUGACUUGAAUCUAGAGAAUAGCAACUACACAAGAUUGGACAAACAGGUUGCGGAAGCAAGCCUUCAGCUCAGACAGAUGAGAGGAGAAGAGCUCCAGGGAUUAACCAUGCAAGAGCUGCAGCAGCUAGAAAAAAAUCUUGAAACAGGGUUAAGCUGUGUGCUGGAAAGAAAGGGUCAACAAAUUAUGGAGCAGAUCAAUCAUCUUCAACAAAAGGGAAUGCAUCUGAUGGAAGAAAAUGAGCGACUGAGAAAGCAGGUGGUGGAGAUGGCCAGAGCAGGGAGACGUGUGCUGACUGAUUCGGAAAAUGUUAUGUAUGAGGAUGGGCAGUCAUCGGAGUCGGUUACUAAUGCUUCACAAUUGGUAGUGCCACCGAACUAUGACGACAGCUCCGACACAUCCCUCAAAUUGGGGUUGCCGGUCCAUAACAUGAAGUAAUGGCAGGAGGCCUGCCAUCGAUGGAGAAUUCUUUUUUAUGUCAUGCUACUUGGAAAGAGAGUACUUGCAAUCAUGUUUCAAGUAAUAGUUGAAUGGACUAACAACCCGGCUGAGGGAUCUACUACUGUACUUUCGCAGGUCCACUGAUUGUGGGCUCACUGAGGUCUGUGUGGAUUAUGAUCUGUAUGUCACAACCUCCUGCACUUUGUUUGAGGGAUAUACUGCUGUGAGAAAACAGGCACUGUCUUUGUUCUUAUAUGAUCGGAGGUAUUUGUCCAUGACUUAUAACAUUAAUCUUUCAGCUUUAUGUUCAUUGCUGGACCAUGAAUGCUGAAGUCUGAACGAGAGAUGGAUUUGGGAGGAUUGAUUCCGCCUACACAUUUAUGGCCUGCUGUCAAUCAGAUGCCAACCACCUCUCUAGUUGUAUAUUGGAUGGAUACAUUAAGAAUCAGUUGUUAUUGGCUUUCCGGCAAGUGGGAACUAGUUGAUCGUUAGGAUGAUUGAUGUUUUUAUCAAAACAAAUACAUUUCAUUUGUUAUUGUGCAAGUAGCAAGAUAAAGGAGCAUGAGGAUGAGAUCCUGUUUCAUA